AUGGCCAAUUUAAAUCUAUCACCUUCACUACCGCAGCCAUCAUCAUCAUCACUAUUGUCAACACACCAGCAACAACAACAACAACAAUUACAAAAUUCAAUACGUUUACGAAAUUCAUCAUCAGAAUCAUCAUCGACGGCAACAUCAACAUCAUCUGAUCAUCAUCGAAUUAUUCAUCAAAAUUAUUCAUCUCAACAACAACAACAACAACAACCGUGUGGAAAUACGAAAAAUCUCAAUUCAACAACAACAGCGGCGACGACGACGACGACGACCAAUGAAUGGUCAAUCGAUAGCAAUACCGAACUGCAACAAUAUCGUAAUCGUUUACGGCGACGUCUUCGUUAUCAUUUUAUGUCACCGAUUGAUAAAUGGAAAAUUAAAGGACGUUUUCCAUGGAAAUUAUUAUUGCAAAUAAUUAAAAUCAUAUUGGUCACAACACAGGUAAUAUUGUUCGGUAAUAAUACGGCUACAAUUCGUUCUGUUGAUCAUGGCAUGCUAAUGACAUUACAUGAUAUUUUCCUGCUGAAAUGGGAUUCAUCAUUGGAUCAACAAUCGGUUCCGCCAAAUAUUGGACCAUAUGCCGUUUAUACUAAAAACGAUAUUUUUAGCCAUAUUGAUUAUGCAAUUAAAAAUUAUGAAAAUAUAACAAAUCUAGCGCUUGGUUCAUUUGGUUAUCGUUUGGAUCAUGUUCAUUCGAAUAAUAGUCAUAAUAAUCCUGAUCAACCACAUCAAAAUAAUCAAUUAUCACCAAUAACAAUCUGUUUUGAACGUUAUGCAAAUGUAACAUUAUCACCAACAACAAGUGAAUAUUAUAUUGAUCAACGUAUUGAACAUCAAUGUUUGAAAAUUAAAUCGCUUUAUCCGCCUGGCUCAAUGGAAUGGAAAACAUUUUCAUUUGAACAAUAUCUAUUACAGUAUGCACCGGAUCAAUUACAUUUUGAAUCAUUGAUACAUUUAUCGAUAAAAUUUCCAUUACGUGUCAUUUUAUUGAAUACAUUGGCCGCAUUUAAUAUACCAAGAUGUUAUGAUUUGAAUUUAACCAUUAAUUUUAAUAAUCGACAACAUUCAGGUGAAAUUGCCAUCACAAUGGCAUUGAAUAAAUUAUUAAUCAAUUGUUAUGGUAAUCUGAAAGCUUAUAAUCAUGAAACAAAACUAGAACAGAUAACCAUCGUUAUAAAUAUGAUCGUAUUGUUUCUUUGUUCAAUGUCGUUGAUAUUAUGUUUACGAACAUUAAUGAAUUCACAAUCAUUGCGUAGAAAAACGAAUCAUUUUUUCAAUAUUGCCUAUAAACGUAAUUUGGAUACACAAUCUUCAUUGCAUUUUAUUGAUGGUUGGAUUCUGAUGAUACUGUUCAAUGAUUGUCUAUUAAUUAUUGGCACCAUAAUUAAUUUACUGCGAAGAUUUAAUAUGAUUGGACCGAAUCAUGUGAAUGCAUUACAUCCAUUUGAAUUGGAUAGCCUAUGUUCAGCAUUGCUUGGUGUUGGUUUAUUGCUAGUUUGGUUUGGCAUACUACGAUAUUUGACAUUUUUCGAUCAUUACAACAUUCUUUUGGUGACAAUCAAACGUUCAUUAUCAAGAGUUUUACGUUUCAGUUUAUGUGUAUUGAUACUGUACGGUGGAUUCUGUUUUAGUGGCUGGAUCAUACUUGGACCGUAUCAUUUUAAAUUCUAUACACUUGCACGUACCAGUGAAUGUUUAUUCGCAUUGAUGAAUGGUGAUGAUGUUUUUGCAACGUUUGCCUAUUUAGAACCAGCAAUAUCACCGUUUGUAUGGUGGUUUUCUCGAAUCUAUCUUUAUAGCUAUGUUUUAUUAUUCAUUUAUGUUGUGCUCACCUUGUUCAGUUCUAUAUUGAUGGAUUCAUAUGACACAAUCAAAGGUUAUUAUGCUAGUCGUUCAGAUGAACAACGCAUAAUGCGUGUAGAUUUUACAUGGUCAAAUGAUCAAUUAUCAAAAUUUUUAUCGGCAAUAUUCAACGAUGAUGAUUUUGAUGAUGAUGAUGGUAAUCUAGACACAUUAUCUAGUUAUCGUUUUAGUCUAAUUCAAGAUGAUUAUCAUCAACAACGUUUAAAUGAUGAAUCAUCACCAAAUAAUAAUCAUAAUCAUCAUAAUUGUUGUACAAAUUGUUUAAAUAAUCAUCGUCAUAGAUCAUCAUGUUGGCAAUGGCCAUUACAAUUAUUGUCAAAUUUAUUUCAUCGACAAUUUUUUCGUUUUAGUAAUGAUCGUCAUCAUCAUCAUUCAUCAUCAUUAUCAUCUACGACAACAACAGAUGGCGAUACUGAACCAUUAGCUAGAUCGGAAAUAAUCAACUGAAUGAAAUGAAUGGAGUCCAUGUGUAUCAUUUUAAAUUGACGAAAUUAUAUUUGUAUAUUUAAUAUUUACUAAUUGCUUAUGUAUUAAGAAUUCACAAAACAAAACAAAAAAAAAUUCAUUCACUUGCCACCAUU